AUGCUGCGCAGCAACGUCGAAGACCUCGUCGUGCUGCAGCGCCAGUCAGAGGACUUCGAGCCGCUGCUUUCUGCUGCUAAGCGCGAAGGCAUUCCUGUGUUUGUAAAUGGCGAAAAGGUUUGUGAGCUUCGGGUGUACGUACACCCCAACGAGAUAGAGGAACUCAUUCAAAAGCUCGAAAAUAAAAAGCUCCAGAAUUCCAAAUCUCCAGGGCAUACAAGCACUCACCUGGUAUUGACAAACGACAGCGAACUUGCCCUCAAACUUGCAAAAGCUGCAAAGAGCCUCAGCUGCUCUUUAGGCCCAGCUAUGGAGACCGCGCUGCUGCCGCUUCUCUCCCAGCUACCCGACACGCCGAAGACCGAACAGGUGCUGCUCUACGCCUGCGAAAACGAUCAUGCUGCUGUUGCGCGUCUGAAGGAGCAGCUGCAGCAAAAGGUUUUGGUGCUGCCCUGCAUGGUUGAUAGGAUUUGUGCUGCUAGGAAUAUCUUUGCUGAUAAGAUUGAAGUCUCAGCAGAACCUUAUGAAGGAGAAAUUGUGGUUUUGGAGAGGCCCCAGUUUGCGCCUCCGCCGCCCUUUGGGGGCCCCAAUGUGCAUGCGCCCCAGCUUCGGGCGGCGGCGCACUACCUCUGCCAGCGAAAGAUUGGACUUGUUAAUGGCAUGCAUACAACUCUAGCUUUUUUAACUGCAUGCAGCAGACGCGACGAGCUGCUUGCUGCUGCUAAGGAAGCAGCAAAGCCAAGGACGGCCCGCAGCAGCAGCAGCAGCAGCAGCAGCGGCAGCAGCAGCAGCGCAGACGCCGAGGGCAGCAGCAGCAGCAGCAGCAGCAGCGAGAGUCCCGACCCGCUGCUGGUGGCGCUGCGCUCUGUCCCGCUGCUGAAAGAGACAGAAAUGCAGCAGCAGCAAAAAGAAACAAUGUGGGCCUGGCUCACUGCCAGGUGUCUCCAAGUUCUUUGGGAGCACGACAAAGAAGUCAUCAAGAGGACACACAAUCUGAAGACAGACGACGAGGUGGUCGCCAUGCUGCUUAACUACGGAAAGAAGACUCUAGCCCGAUUCUCCACCGUCGAUGACACUGCGGGCAGAGUUUUGGGCGGGGGAGUUGUAAACAGGUUCCAUACGCGUCUGUUGACUAUUUAUACAUUUUUGGAGCAGCACAUGUUUGGGUCUGUGCCACUGGCAUCGACUUUGCUCAAACACGCUACCAUCAGCGCCUUCGAGAUGAUAGACGAAGUGCGGCGGCUUGUUGACCAGUCCAGAAUAUUUGUAGAGAAAUAA